AUGGCGAAACCCUCUCAAUCCCGCGUCGUCGUCCUCCUCCCAAUCGCGGCCAUCCUCGCGGUGGCCCUCCUCCUCCCACUCGCCCGCUCAGACGCCGACGCGGACGCCGGAUCCACCCCCACCACCGCGUACGACGAGCUCCGUCUCCGCGGCUUCCCCCGGGGCCUGCUCCCGGCCAACGUCCGCGGCUACACGCUCGACGCCGGCUCGGGGGACUUCGCCGUCGACCUCGUCUCCAGCUGCCGCAUCGUGCUGCCCGCGGGAAGCUACCUCGCCAACUUCAACGACCGCAUCACCGGCCACCUCGACGAUGGCCGCAUCUCCGGGCUCAGCGGCAUCAGAGUCAAGGCCUUCUUCCGCUGGUGGUCAAUCACCGGGAUCCGCGCCGAUGGGGACGACCUCGUCUUCGAGGUCGGCUCCGUCUCCGCCAAAUUCCCCGCUCGCCACUUCAAGGCCAGCCUCGAAUGCCCAGCCAAGGCCAACUCUUAG